AAUUUUAAGUAAGAAUUGACAAGAAGUGCUUGGAAUCAGCUAUGUGCACGUCAUAAGACUUGGAGGAAACCCACACACCCUCCUAUUUUCUUCCUCUAUGUUAAAGAAAAGCUGAAGGGAGGGACCCUCAGAUAGUUUUGGUGGCCCAUUCUGUUCACUUGGAGUUGACAUGCGGAUGUGUUGGAAGGGAAAAUAAAUCAUCAUAUAUUCCCCUUUCAUACUGUUUAAAUAACUGGAAGAAGGAGCUUUAAGAAAAAGACAAAAACCAAAAUGACGACUGCUCAAUUUGAUUGUCAAUACUGCACGGCAUCACUUCUUGGGAAGAAGUAUGUACUAAAGGAUGACAAUCCAUACUGUGUUUCUUGUUAUGAUCGCAUCUUUUCUAACUAUUGUGAGGAGUGCAAAGAACCAAUUGAAUCAGAUUCCAAGGAUCUUUGUUACAAAGGCCGUCACUGGCAUGAAGGAUGCUUCAAUUGUGCCAAAUGCAAUCACUCCUUGGUGGAAAAACCUUUUGCUGUCAAGGAUGAGCGCCUUCUGUGCUCAGAAUGCUAUUCUAACGAGUGCUCCUCCAAGUGCUUCCACUGCAAGAGGACCAUCAUGCCAGGUUCCCGCAAAAUGGAAUUUAAGGGAAACUACUGGCAUGAAACCUGCUUUGUGUGUGAGCACUGCCGACAACCAAUAGGAACUAAACCAUUGAUUUCCAAAGAGAAUGGCAAUUAUUGUGUGCCCUGUUUUGAGAAGGAGUUUGCUCACUACUGCAGCUUUUGUAAGAAGGUGAUAACUUCAGGUGGGAUAACAUUUCAUGACCAGCCAUGGCAUAAAGAGUGUUUUCUGUGCAGUGGCUGUAGGAAGGAGCUCUGUGAAGAAGAGUUUAUGUCCAAAGAUGAUUAUCCAUUCUGCUUGGACUGCUACAACCAUCUUUAUGCCAAAAAGUGCUCUGCCUGCACCAAACCUAUUACUGGUCUCAGAGGCGCCAAGUUUAUCUGCUUUCAAGACCGCCAGUGGCACAGUGAGUGCUUUAACUGCGGGAAGUGCUCCGUGUCUUUGGUGGGGGAAGGCUUCCUGACCCAGAACAAGGAAAUCUUCUGCCGCAAAUGUGGUUCCGGGGUGGAUGCUGACAACUAGAAGGAGACAGUCCUUUCCCACUGAAAUAUCCACCUUGCUUUUGUUCUCACUAAAUCCAGAGCUCAAAUGACAUCAUGUUUCUGACUUAAUUUAUAGAACAAAUUAAUGUAGAGUUUAUAGCAGAAGAGUUUUUGCACACAUUCUGAUUGAACUAUAAGAACUAAAAAAAAAAAAAAGCAGUCUAACAGAAAUGAAUCUAUACUGAAUCACAAAGGCACCUUUCCUUGCAAAAUACUGCACUCUGCUGUUAGAAAUACAGGAACAUAUCUCUUUAUUAUAAUCCAGUGUAUGACCCAUACCUAGAAGUCAUGGCUAUUAUUACUGAAGACUGCUGUGUUCCAAAACUGCAGAGUAGAGAGGAAACAAAGAGAUCAAAUUGAAGGCAUACAUGACUCAUGUUUGCAUUCCUAACCAGCUAGUUAUAAACGCAAUGUGAUUGGCUAUGAAUGGUAGAACAAAAAUGAUCCAGGAAAAUGGAUUAGUAAUCACCACAUUUAAGUAUUCUGUCAUUUUAUCAUUCUUUAAUUGUUCAUGUGUACUGACUUUGGAGUUGAAAAACAAAGCUACAAUUUGCCCUCAUCCACCUGCUCCCACAGCUAGUUGGUUAUCGUAUUUAAUCAAUGGAAUCUGGGAUUUCUGGACACUGACUCUCAUUCUCUGCAUAGAGAUAAAUGGGUCCUUUCUAUGUGGGGAGGUUAAAAGCAUAGGUUUCAACACAUUUUGUCUUAAAUGCAUUUUCAAAGCCCACAAUGGUUUUUUCUAAAUACUUAACGAUUCCAUGAAAGAAAAAUCUAUUCUUUCAAAUGAACUAACCAGGAUAAUCAUUGUCCCCAAAGGCAAACCUUUAAGGUAAAUAGAUCAUUAAAUCAUCACUUGUGGAAAUGAGUUUUAGGGAAGGAAUUGAUGUUGGAACCUGACUUUCAUCCAGAUAUCUAAAAGCAUGAUAGAAUGCAUAAUUAGCUUGGAGCCUCAUGCAUUUUGCCUUCCAAAAUUAUACAGAUUAGUAAUAGGAAAACAUAAAAGUGGGCUAUAAAGAAAUCUAGUAAUAAGAACUGAGAAAGAAUAAUCCACUGCUGAUUGUUGUGGACCUGCAAAGCAGCACAACAGAGAAAUGUGGUCUGUAGAUGAGCCCCCCUCGCUGUUCUUCCACAUGCAUACCAUCCACCUCAUCUAUGCCAACCAUAUCCCCUCGCUUCAGACUCUUGCAGGACUGUGAGAGAUACACUCAACCCUCAAUAUCCAUUCUACAAAUAAGCCAGUGAUUUUGGUCACAGCCUUAGUGAAAAGCCUAUCAUCACAUGUGUCUCUUUAUACCAGACAUCCCUUGAUCAUAACCCUACCCAGCUGCCCCUGGAUAAUAUUUUCCAUAUCAUGUGGGACAAAUGGAAAGCAACCUCUGCUCUCCAUGCUCAGUUAUCACCCUUGGUUAUAGUGUCACUUGGGUGGAGCAGAGAGAGGUCGGGGGAGAAAACUGCAUUGACAUAACAUUUUUCUAAGUGUCUAAUCUCAAAUUAUUGCACAGCAUUAAAGUUGUGAUUGAAAUCUAAUUAUGUGCUCUGGCUGAUUACAAUGAUUAAAAUAGCAUCACAGGAGAUUCAAUUAAAAUUGUUAUGGAAACAAUUUUGGAAAUAGUUUAAAAUGCAAGGGCAUUUGGAAAUGCUAGCAAUUUAGAGACACUAAUGAAAAGUCAGGCUACACAGGCUAUUUGAAAGAUAUCAUUGUCUCUUUUUUGUAUUAACAAUUCCAAGAUAUUUUCUCAUCUUCACAUUGUUAAAUGUAGGGAAAUAUAUCAAUAUUUUUCCUGCAUUGUUUGAAAUUGCACAUGUGGAACUGAAUGUGCCAAUUAUCUAGAAAAUAACAGUGUAUUACGUAGAAAACCAAGCCAUUAUGAAUCUGGAUAGAUAUACAACAUUUAAAACUGGCUCCAUUAAUCAAUUAUAAGCAAACAUACAAAAUGGAAUGGUCUUUCUUGGUUAAACAAUUGGUCAUGUUUAUUUAUUUUGCUGUGUGUGGUUGGGGGAAUGUGAGUAGGCAUAUGAUCAGGCUUGUGUUUGAUCUUUACAAUAAAAUUCACAGAACACUUCUAAGAAAGAGAUUUUGUGAUCCUUUGAUAAGUAUAGUUAAGUAUAUACACUUUCACAUAGAAAUAAUUCCAUAUUUGGAAGGUAGCUUAGUCAUCAAACAUGUAUGAAACAUGUACUAUGCACAUUUUAAGCUCAAGCUGCUGUGGUCCUGGGAUGGUGGGAGGAUAGAUCAGGUAUGGACGUGUGGGAGUGCCAAAGGCAGAGAGCUUAAAAAAAAAACUUCUGCUGUAGACAUAACACACAUAAACA